GGGACGAGACUCUCUGGAAAGUUCUCGGCCCUUCUGAAACGCGUUUGAAAUCGCUCCUCUGUCGAACAACGUGACCUUAGAUUAAUGGGACAAGUUCCCCGUCGUGACGGCCGUAUUCGUGCACAGUAGCCGCGGGGUUCGCUCCAGCUUCUGACAGAGCGCGCGCACCCGUGGAUGCACGGCUCGUCAAUCUCGUUAGCCUGUUAGCUUGGCCAGGCUGUUGCUUGUGCACCUGUUUUCAGACACUCCCGAGUUAUUAGAUUUAUUGUUCGCAUCCAGUCAACUUUAUCACGUCGCUUCUUAUAGAAGGCAAGGCGCACUCUCCGUAUGACAAUGACUGCGGAGGAGCAGACAGUUGAAGGACAGCACAGCAUGAUGGAAGGGGAGGACAUCACUCCGAAGAAGGAUGGCGGAGUCCUGAAGCUUUUGAAGAGGGAGGGCACCUGCGCAGAGCUGCCCCUGAUUGCCGACAAAGUUUAUGUCCACUAUGUGGGCACACUUCUGGAUGGUACUCAGUUUGACUCGAGCAGAGAGAGAGAAGAGCAGUUCUCUUUUGAGCUGGGCAAAGGUCAAGUUAUUAAAGCGUGGGACAUUGGUGUUGCUACGAUGAAAGUGGGCGAGCUGGCCCAGUUCAUCUGCAAGCCGGAGUAUGCGUACGGGUCUGCUGGCAGCCCCCCCAAGAUCCCACCGAACGCCACGCUUGUUUUCGAGGUGGAGCUGUUUUCAUUUCAUGGCGAAGACGUAACGGAGGAUCAGGAUGGAGGGAUUAUCCGGCGUGUUAUGACCAGAGGGCAGGGGUACUCCAAGCCUAAUGAGGGAUCUGCUGUUGAAGUGACCGUUCAGGGGACAUUUAACGGACGCGUGUUUGACGACCGGGAAAUGAAAUUUGAGGUUGGCGACGGAGAAAGUCUCGGUUUGCCAGUCGGUGCUGAAAAAGCCAUCAUGGCAAUGGAGCAGGGAGAGGAGGCGAUCUUUAACAUCAAACCCAAAUAUGGAUUUGGGAAAGAAGGAAAUGCAAAACACAACAUUCCCGACGGGGAGACCAUUCAGUACAGGAUCAAGCUCACAGCGUUUGAAAAGGCCAAGGAAUCAUGGGAGAUGAACACGGCGGAGAAACUGGAACAGAGCAGUGUGGUGAAAGAGAAGGGAACACAGUAUUUCAAGGAGGGUAAAUACAAGAAGGCGUCAGUGCAGUACAAGCGGAUCGUGUCGUGGCUGGAGCACGAGUCCAGCCUGUCCGGCGAGGAGGAGACGAAGGCCAAAGCGUUGAAGCUAGCUGCGCAUCUCAACUUGGCCAUGUGUUACCUCAAACUGCAGGAGCCAAAUCAAGCUCUGGAAAGUUGUGACAAGGCUCUGGAGAUGGAUGGAUCCAAUGAGAAAGCUUUGUUCCGGAGAGGAGAAGCGCUUUACGGCAUGAAGGAGUUUGAGCGGGCGAAAGAGGACUUUCAGAGAGUACUUCAGCUCUACCCUGCAAACAAAGCGGCCAAGAGUCAGGUGGUUCUCUGUCAGAAGCAAAUAAAGGAGCAGCGGGAAAAGGACAAGCGCAUAUAUGCCAACAUGUUCCAAAAGUUUGCUGAGCGGGACCUGAAGAAGGAAGAAAAGCAGAAAGGCGACAGCAAAGAAAACGGUGACACCGAGAUGGAGGUGGAGAACACAGAGAAGGACGUCGAGGCUUAAAUGUUUCUCAUGAAGAACUUGCCGAAUGCCGGUGUAGACUUUUGUAACCUCUUCAAUGUGUGAUUGUGUGCAAGUGAGAGUUUGUAUUCGCAUCGAGCACUGGAUCGUCUCCGCUGGCUUUCUGUGUCUGAGCUUUUCGCCAUGGCAGCUAGCUGAGAGGGUGUGGCGUCCACAGCUUGACGGUACUGUGGGAAGUGCAUUUCAAGAUGGUGCGCCACCACCCCAAAUCCUUUGACCCCGAAACUUCAAACUUUGUGUGUUUUUCAAAAUGUAGGUUUGUCAUUUUAGACCCUCCUGCCAAGGGCUACUCCAUCCACUUUCCACACUAACUUUGCUCUACGUAUUUCAUCUCAUGGGCCUGUUGAUCAAUUUCUGGACUUGUGCUGGUUGUAGUCUAAGAGUUGAUGUUAUUGUUGAGUGCAUGUGUCCCAGAGUAAGUAUGUAGCAGGUCUGGCUGGUGGACAAGAUUACAAAGAUGCCACGGUUUGACAAAGGCUCUCAAUCUAAGGUGUGGCCUCGGUACUGGACUUGUCAGGAAUAUUGAAAUUAUGUUGGCCCCAAAUGUUAUGCUUCUAUGUUCUUGAAAAUGUUCAUAACCACGAACGACUCAACUGGAAUACUUUUAAAAAAGCAGCUAGAAGGGACGUGUUAUGGGCUCAUCCUUGUGUAAUCCACUGUUGAGUCUUAAUUUAAAUAUUUGAUGGCUUUUUAUAUUGAUUCAGACGGUUUAGACUGCACGUCCUUGGAACACCCUGCGCUGUCUCCUGAAGAGUCGGCCGCAACCCACCAUCCAGAACAAGGUUGUGGACUGUGCGUCAAGUUUGUCUUUCUCGUUGCAGAGAGUUCACUGUUUGCUCUUGUCUGACAAACUUAAAUAAUAAACGAUUCAAUCAAGGGAGUGUUUUCUUGUCUCAACGCUCAAUUUCGCACUCAAGUGCUGUCUCAGAGAUUGUUGAGCUAGUUUUAUUUGCUGCCAGUGUUGUAUACUUCCAUGUCUGUGAUGUAAAGAUUAUUUGUUUAGCCGGCGACAACAGAUGUUCAUGUUGAUUCAAACAGGUAAACGGUCUCCUCUUUCACAGUCCAGUCUCAACUGUUAUCUUGUGUCUUUAAAUGCCAUGUAGAAUUGACUUGUUUUUUGGUUGCACUUUUUUGAAGGUGUGAUACAUUAACAAUUGAAACUGUUCUGGGUGUUUUUUUGUAAAAGCACGUAAGCCAUUCUAAAGCCUGUUUCAGUCAUAGCUUUAGGAAUUC